AUGGCCAGUUUGGAAAAGCAUUAUCCCCUUCCAGACGCGGAGCCGACACAUCUUGAUGAUGGUUCCUCCUCGAAUGACUCUGGUUAUAACGGCCUUGACCUCCCUUCCACAGUCCCUCCCUCCGAAUUGACCGUGGAAAAACAAACUCCUGCUCAAGAACCUCCACCAAAUGGUGGCUUUAAUGCCUGGCUCCAAGUCCUAGGAUCAUUCUUCUUGUUUUUCAAUUCCUGGGGAACCGUGAAUGCUUUCGGAGUGUUCCAGACUUACUACGAGACCAACCUUCUUCAAGACGAGUCACCUUCGAACGUUUCUUGGAUUGGCUCCAUCCAGGCCUUUUUGUUACUCAUCGUCGGUGUCAUCACCGGCCCUGCUUAUGAUGCUGGCUACUUUCGCACGCUGAUCUGCCUCGGAACCUUCCUCAUUCCCUUUGGCUUCAUGAUGACCAGUCUUUCCACCGAAUAUUGGCAGAUAAUGCUUGCUCAGGCUGUUUGCAUCGGACUAGGCAAUGGCUGUCUGUUCGUUCCGUCUAUAGCUAUCCUACCACAAUAUUUCUCAACCCGCAAAGCCCUUGCAAAUGGAAUUGCGGCAUCUGGUAGCAGUCUCGGCGGCGUCAUCUAUCCGAUCGUCUUCCGCCAACUCUAUCCUCGAAUCGGCUUUCCCUGGGCUACUCGGGUUCUAGGCUUCAUCUCGCUCUUCACAACCCUCAUUUCAGUCGCUGUCAUGAGGGUACGGGUUAUGCCGAAGCAGAAAAGGGCCUUGCUUGAGUUGUCCGCAUUCAAGGAACUUCCUUACACGAUAUUCUGCAUCGCAAUGUUCUUCGGCUUUAUUGGCUUUUACGGUCCCGUCUACUACCUUCAGCCGUACGCAAUCAACAUGGGCAUCACCAAUGAAAACCUAGGAUUUUACUUGCUGCCGAUUCUGAACGCCGCCUCUGUCGCGGGUCGCAUUUUGCCCAACUUCCUAACGGACAGAGCGGGUCCGCUCAACAUCUUGAUUCCAGCAUCCCUUGCAUCCGGUAUUCUUGCACUCUGCUGGAUUGGCAUAAAAAAUCUGCCAGGCAUACUCGUCUUCGCCAUUCUUUAUGGAUUUUUCUCUGGCGGCUUCGUAUCGCUGCCACCUGUGGCAUUAAUCAGCCUGACCCCGGACCUGCGUACCCUCGGCACACGCAUGGGCCAAGCAUUCUUUGUGGCGUCUUUAGGGUUGCUGAUUGGCUCUCCUGUUGUGGGUGAGAUUGUCAACCAAACUGGAAGCUAUCUCGGAUUACAGCUCUUCUCUGGCCUGACGGUCUUUCUUACUGGCAUUAUGCUCAUCUAUACGCGAUUCAUAAUGGUGGGGCUGAAAGUCAAGAUCAAAGUGUGA